GGCUGUGUCUGCAGCUCUGUUUGGAGCCACUGGAAACCAGCAGGUGAAUGGAAAACUCCACCUUCAACAGCCUUACGCUGCAGCUGGAGGGGCUGAUGGUCACCAAGUUCUCCAGGCUCCCUUUGUUCUUCUUCUUCUUCUUCUCCUUCCUGUUUGUUCUGGUCACCAAUGCUGGCAUGAUCCUUUUGAUCGUAGUUAACAGAAGCCUCCAUCAGCCCAUGUUUCUGCUGUACUGCAGUCUAGCAUUCAAUGAUAUUUUAGGAAAUUUUCUUGUGCUGCCUCGUGUCAUGUCAGACGUCCUGAGGCCGCCGGCUGAGCGCCUCAUCGGGUACCAUCAGUGUGUGGUUCAGGCCUUCCUGGUCCACAUGUACGGCACCUCAACGCAGACGAUGCUGAUGAUCAUGGCCUUUGACAGAUAUGUUGCCAUCUGUAAUCCUCUGCGUUACUCUGUGAUAAUGACCAGCAGGAUGGUGAUGAAACUGACCGUCUCUGCCUGGGGGUCGGCCUUGGUUCCGGUGGGGAUUCUGCUGGGUCUGACCAUCCGGCUGAGCCGCUGCAGGACUCUGAUCACCAACCCGUACUGUGACAACGCCUCACUGUUCAAGCUGUCCUGCGAGAGCGUGGAGAUCAAUAACAUCUACGGCCUGACCUUCACCGUGGUUCUGUCGGUGGUGUCGGUGGGCAGCAUGGUCAUCACCUACGCCAAGAUCAUGGCCGUGUGUCUGAGCCGCCGCUGCAAAUCCCUCAACAGCAAAGCCUUACGGACCUGCAGCACACACCUGGUCGUCUACAUCAUCAUGUUCACCAGUAGCAAGGUGAGCAUCGCUCUGCACCGCUUCCCGCAGUUCACAGAGGAGAGGAAGCUGGCCAUCAUCUUGUACCACAUCAUCCCCUGCAGCCUGAACCCCAUCAUCUACGGAGUUCAGUCCAGCGAAGUGAAAAAGGUUCUGACCGGGUGGUUUCAGCCCAGAAAGGUCCAGUCAUCAGUUUGAGUCCAACAGAACAAAACAGCACCAAUUAGAGGUUUACUGUGCAUGAAAGAAAUGAUUCUGUUCAUCCAACCACGUCACAGGGAGAAACUCCACAAUCUAUCAACAAUGACUAACAGAUUAUUAUUAUUAUUAGAAUUAGUAAUAUUGUUGUUGUUAUUAAACAUUUUACUUCUCAGAAGCUGCUGAAUAAUACAAGUUUUGAAACUGAAGAACUAAUUAGUUUCCAUUUAUAACUGAUGAAGAAGCUAAACAUGAAAAUGCAUAAAAGCUGCUGGAAAUGUUUUUUUUUUCUCCAAACAU